AUGAGUACCGAAGUCUUCCCUAUCAACCGCGCCAGCUCAAACGAACUCCAACUCACGAUCAUCCCCUUGGACGUAGUGAGCCCCGAGAUCGUGACUGACGUGUUUACCGUGAAUGCGCUCGGGCCCCUGACCCUAUACCAGGCCGUCAAGCCUUUGCUGGAGAAGUCCCAGGCCCCCAAGUGGGUGUCGGUCACUAGUGCCGCCGGUUCGAUUGGCCGGCUUCAGGUUUAUAGGGCUCACAUCGCUCCGGCGUACGGGAUCGCCAAGGCGGGGUUGAACUGGAUCACUACUGCCAUCCACAGCGCCAACAAGGACGUCGUCACCUUUGCCGUGCACCCCGGCCUCGUGCAAACGGAGAGCGGUAACAAGAGCGCCCGCGCGAUGGGCCUUCCCCAAGCCCCCAACUCUCAGCGCCAGAGUAUCGAUGCCGUUCUAGGCCUGAUUGAUAAUGCGUAA